AAUUGGCGCGUUAUUUGGAACAAUCGUCCGUUCGUGUGUGUUUUUUACGGGAAAGAAAUUUGGAAAAAAAAGUUUCGUUUUCAAAAAUUAUUGCUUUUGUUAAGGGAAAAGAAAAUCAAAGAAGAAAAAAACCUUAAAAAUGGAAUAACAAACCAGAACCCAUAGUCUGUAGCGUGUAGAAACAGUCUCGUCUAGUGUUUAGAACAAUUUUCUUUUCGUUAUGGCCAUUACGUGAACUUUUUUUUUUUUUGGUUGGCAAACUAUAACCCUCAAAAGUGUGAAAAUAAAAAAUUGUUUCUUUUAAUAUUUAAAAAAAUAAUAAAUAAAAAAAUUUAAUUGAAAAGUGUUUUUAAACAACAUUUCUGGUGCAUCUUUUUGUUGUUGUUGUAAAUAUUUUCAAAAUUGAUGACGAAAUUGUCCCCAUUUUGCUUGUGAAUGUGUUGCGUAUCUAAUUUUCGAAAAUACAAAACCUCAUUGGACAUAUGUUUUGGUUUUUCGACUGUCCAAUGCCGAAUGCCCUUUAUUUACAAAGUCAUCGUCACGUUUUUGGAUCCACCAUUAAUUUGUGUCUUAUAUGCUGGUGUCUUAAUGACGCUGCAACUAUCGCCCAAAUAACGCAUUCACGCUAAUGCAUCUCGAAGCUAUAGAAGAGUGCAAACUUGUCUUUUUUUAAUUUGUCUCGCUCAUUCUGAUUAUAAACAAUCUUCGAUUGUGCAAUGUUUGCUCUUUAGUCCACAUAAGAUCCACUUUUGAUGGCUGAGUUCUUUUAGUGGUCUUUCCGCUAUGGAUUUUUUUGCAGUCUACGAUUGGAUCACCUCAUUGUUGCGUCCACGUGCAACAUAUAAGACCACACCAAUACCAGCAGCCACUACAUCCAGCGUAACCCUUCAUCCAUAUCUGGGAAGCGCCAACGCCAAUAACCAAUCCGAUGAUAUAGUGGUAUAUGCUGCUGCAGCCACCCCAGCCGUAGAAGAGAGCAGUUCAAAUGAUCAGGAGGAAAGUUCAAAAAUAGACAAUGUUGAAUUAAUACCUACCCUUGAAUUUGUUAAUCAACCCACGCCAUCACCACCAAAAACUCCAAGUCAACAUUCACAACAAUGCUCUCCAUUAAGUGAAGUGGAGCAACAGCCACAGCAACGGCAACAAGAUUCAUUAAUACCAACAUUGUUUCAGCAACAUGAGUCUGCAACAAGUCCCCCACUAACAUUUACUGUAAGCCAACCAACAGAAGAAAACGCAGACGUAAGCAGCGAAAGUUCGGCAGCAUCGGCAGCAGGAGCAGCAGCGCCAGAAAAAGAGCAACAGAAAAACGAUUCUUUGUCUUCGUUGGAUGAUACCAGUGAAUUAUUAAGGCAAGAGGUUGAACUAAUAAGCUUGACUUCUGUUUCCACAUAUUUCGAUGAGCCCACCAGUUCCAUAUCCAUAGAAAUGAUGGAUCAAGGCUCUCAUCCAACAAACUCAGAAAGGGCUACGACCACAUAUACAACGACCUCAGUGUCUGCAACGGCUUCGGUCUCAAUGACACCCUCCUCGGGGGGCGGCUCGGACACCAGAAACCCCAGCGUUAGCCAUAGUUAUGUGCCACAACAAUUUUUAACCCAUACUCCCUCUAGUCUAAGUGAAGAACGUGAAAGCGAUGAAAUUGAAGAAGAGAUCGAAGAGGCUUUGGAGAUAAGCAGCGAAGAAGGGCCAGUGGAAUCUUUGGAUAUAAAGGCGGGUGGAAGUACUAAACCCCCCUCCCAAAGCCUAAAUCAUGACCAAAUGUUUGGCAUAGAGUUUUCCGAUAACUCAAGUUUGGAAAUAUCUGGAGGAAAAUUGCUAAUCACUAGUGGGAAAAGUUUGAAAAGUUCCAGCAAUGAUGACCAAUUUAAAAUCGAUGAGGAUCAAUUGUCGGGUGGAAAAUUGGCUCAACAUUUCGUUUUAGUUGAUGAUGAUGAGGAGGAAGAAGAGAGUGGUUUAGCUCCUGCUAAACCCGAUAUGCCAUCCCUGCCCAACGACUCGGAGCAUAGUAUUGAGCAUGAACAAAGUUUAAGUAAUCAGAGUACCUCGCAUGAUGUUUCAGAAUUGCAGGAAGAAUCCAAAGCUGAUAUAGAUUUGGAGGAUUCUUUGCUAACCGAUGGAGACUGUCAUAUAUCGCUGCCUGAGGGUAAUAGUAGAAAAUCUAUUAAUUUGGAAGAAGUGGAUUCAGCUCAGUCUUCUUUGCAAAUACCCAUGCUUGAUAUUCCCCAAGGUGAUCAUGAGAAGCUGGAAAGUUUUGAUAUGGGAAAACUGUCAGCAACACCCCAAGGGGGCUUGAAACUUCUGGACACAGCUGAAAGUUUACGAUCCUCGGGUCCAACAAUGCCAAGUAUACCACUCAGCAGUAUAUCCUUGGGCCAAGAACAAAGUUUGUUACUCAGCGGUACUUCUCCUGGGGUGGAGCAAGAUAUUAAGCGUUCCCUUACCAAAGCCACUUUACCGGAAUUAUUCGAAAAUCCCAACAUUAAGCCUUUGUCGGGAGCCUCCUCCAUGUAUAGUGAGAAGGAUCAAUCCAUGGAAGAAAUUAUGGAUUCUAAUCAUUCCCUGCAAAUGACCUUUGAUGAGAAUCUAAGCUCUUUGAAUCCCAGCUUUUUGGCCAAUAAUGAGACAUUGGUCAAUGAAUUGUUGAAAGAUAAUCAAGCAACAUCACAGAAAUCACAUGAAGGCCCUGAUGCUAGGCUCGACUCUUUAAACCCUAAAGAUUUGUUAGCUGACAACCAGGUAGCAUCCCAAAAGUCGCCAGACUCCCGACUUAGCUCUUUAAAACCCAAAGAUUUGUUGGAACAGAACCAGGGAACAUCCCAGAAAUCGUCAGAUGUUAGACUAAGCUCUUUAAACCCUAAAGAAUUGCUGGAAUCUGGUCUUUCGGAGAAGUUGGUACAAUCGUUAAGUGAUAAAGCGCUGUUACAUCCCAGCUCAGUUUCUAAGGACGAAUCCAAAGAUCUGAAUUUUUCAGAGAUAACUAAACAAUGGCCAGAUGAAGAACCUUCUAAGCAAAUAUCUGUAGAUAAAACUCCCCCAAGCCUUAGCAACGAAUUUUCACAAAGUUAUCUGGGGAAAUCCAGAAAAUCGCCAAUCGCCAAAGAUUCUCAAGAAAGCACUCUGGAUCCCAACAUUUUUGCUGAUGUUGAAACAUCGAGUCAUAAUCUAUCAACAAAUCUGGAGAAGUCUGUAAAAUCUCCUUCGGAACAGAAUUCUAGAUUGAGUUUCUUAAACUCCAACAAAGACUCAAUGGUCAGAGACUCUGGUGAAAAUAUUCUAGGAAAAUUCUGGAAAUCGCCCGAGGAACAGAGUUCUAGCCUUACUUCCCUAAACUUUGGCAAAGACCCGUUGGCCAGAGACACUGGUGCAAGUGUUCCAGGAAAAUCCUCAAUAUUUUCAGUUCAAAAGCUUAGCGCUUUGGAUACCAGACUUUUUGCCAAAAAUGAAACUUCACUUCAGGAGAAUUCCAGAAAAUCACCUGAGGAACAGAGUUCUAGAUUAAGCCCUUUACACUCCGGCUUUGUGGGCACUAAAGAUACUACAAUUGGAGACAUGGUUGAAAACACUCCGGGAAAAUCCAGAAAAUCUCCCGAUGAAAAAGUCUCUCACCUAAGCCCUAUGGAUCCCAGCCUCUGCCCCAACGAAGAAAAAUCCCUCAACCCGCCCGAAGAAAAGGUUUCUCAGCCAUGUUCUUGGGAUCCCAGUUUUUCGGCGAAGUAUAACCAGGAUUUAUUAGAGAGCUCUGAAAAAUCCAUCAAGUCUUCAGGGAAAAGUUCAUUAGACCCCAGCUUUGUUGCCAAUAAAGAAAAUAUUCCGGAAAAAUCCAGAAAAACUCCCGACAUACAGGAUUGCAAGCUAAGCUCUUUAAAUACCAGCUUAAGGGGGAAGAAUGAAUCAUUGGUGCCGGAUUUCCCUGAGAGUAUGGAAACAUCCAAAAAAUCUUCCAAAGAAAAAAUAACGCAGCUAAGCCCUUUGGAUCCCAACUUUUUUGCCAAAAAUGAAUCCUCAAGCCAUGAUUCAUUGGAGAAUACGGGGAAAUCGGGAGAGAAUACCAAGUUUGGUUCAACACAAGAUUUGCUAAACAUUUCGGAAAAAUUCGGCAGCCUGUCUAAUGAAAACGCUUCAAAAGAAAGCUCUUUGGAUCCCAGCUUUUUGGCUGCAUCAGAGAAAUCUCAAAAAUCCCCUGACCAAAAGAUUUCCAAGUUAAGUUAUUUUGAUGCCAAAACUGAAACUUUUACUCAUAAUUUGUUGGAUAACACAAGAAGCUCGCCAAGUUCGCCAGAUAAAAAAGCUACAAAAGAAAGCUCUUUGGAUCCGAGCUUUUGCGCCAAACAAGAAACUUCAUCUCAUGAUCUGAUAGCGAAUCCCGAAAAGUCUAGAGCAUCACCCGAAAUACAUGGUGUGAAGCUAAGCCCUUUAAACCCAGAGCUUUUGAGAUCUUCCCCCGAAAAAUCCCGAAAAUCCCCAGAUAUAGAAGAUUCGAGCCUCAACAAUCAAACGAAGGUCGAAUGCAAUGAAGGCAUGCAGCUUCAAGAUCCCUAUGUGGUGACAAGAACACCUGUACUUCCCAAGCCCUUAUCCUUAGAGCUUUUGGCAGCCGAAGAGGCCGUAACUAGUUUUCGGGAAAUUAUACCCCAACAGCUAGAGCCCAGCGAACAAGAUUUACACUAUGCUACAGAGAAUUUUGUCAUACCAGAUUUUCAACAAAUCGAAACAUGUGGCAAUUUGACUAUGCAGCAAAAUCCGAAUAAGGAUAUCAUAACCGAUUUGGAUGAUAGUUUGCAGGAGAAUGAAGAGAAACCCAUGAGUUCAACAAAUACUCAAGAGAAUGUGGAAAACUUUACGCAACCUUUGCAUGUGCAAACGACCCAAGAUGAGGAAGACGUUGAUGAUGAUGAAGAGGAGGAAGAGGAUACUUCUUUGCAGUUAAUGAAGCUGCGUAUAAUGGCCAUGAAACAUCAACCCAAGGAGUCCCAACUCUCACCCACGGCAGAAGGCGCCGCCCAGCCCUUGGAUGGCGCCAAUCAACAAAAUGCCAAACCCAUGGAACGUGUUGCUCUGUUGGAAUUUGCCAAAGAUGUCUUAGAGGAUAUAACAGAAGAAAGUGAACGUAACUCCCUAUCUACUCAAGAAGAGCAGCAAUCUUUAAAUUUAGACAAAAUCUCUUUGACAGCUUUGGCCUCGAAAUUAGAAGCCAGAGCAGUCCAACAUGAGAAUGAGUCCACCUCCACCAGUAAUUCCAUAGUAAGUGUGAAUAUGGUACAAAUGUUGGAGCAAAAGGUGGGAGAACUGCAACAAAUGUUGGCCAGCAAGGAUGCCUGCUUGGCUUCUCUGAACAUGCAAUUGGAGAAUAUGAAUCGCAGAGAAUCCAUAGAGCAAUUGGGUUCGGUAUCUGGCAGAGAUACCAGUUCCUUGGUGACAAACUCCACGGAAUAUAGAACCCUACAGGAAGAUUUUGGACAAGGGACCAUGGACAUUUACAUGGAGCUAACCAAACGCGAUGAGCUUAUAGCCAAACUCACCGAUUCACUGCAACAGUCCCUGACCAUACGCGAAAAUCUACAAACAGAAAGUGAAAAAAUGUCCACUGAAGUACAACUGCUGCGCAAACAGCUCACCGAUGCCAUGGAGACCUUAAAACGUCCCUGUUGGCCCCGUGUCGAUCAAGAGAGUAAUUUUGGCCAACGCAUAUCCGAAAUCUCUAUGGAUCUCAUAAGUGAAAGUGAUGAUGACUUCGAUCGCCAUUAUUUCACCGAUACUGAAGAGAAAUUCUCUCGUAAUUCCCGCGAACGUCAACUCUCCAUGCCUAGGCAAUUUGAGUAUUCGGCCAACGAACCUGAAGUUGUCUCCACCCCCUUUAGCAAACAAAUUGAACAAUUCCAAAAAUAUUUGACCCCCAGUGAGGUGCGUUUAUUUUUUAUGGUUCAAAAGAAAUUCGAUGAUUAUCUUUGUCAAGAGCUGGAGAAGAGCAAGAUGAAGAAUGACCAAGAAAUGAAAAUAGUCAUGGAUCAAUGGGACACCGAGAAGCGUGAGAAAGAUGAGGAAAUUCAACGUCUGUUACAACUGCGUCAGGAAAGGGAAGUCAAACACAAUCAGGAAAUGGAGAAUUUAAGGAAAUAUUUUGAAACUAAAUGUGCCGAUUUGGAAAAGCAAUUUUCCGAUGAUGUCUUCUCACAAAAAUCCCAACGUCAAGGCAUGUCCUCAUCAGAAUCCUCGGAUCAGGAACAAUUAUCUCUGGACUAUAAAUCGCCCUCAUUGCCCCGUUCCAAAGAAACGUCACCUAGAAAACGUUUUCGGGCAGAAUUGCUGCUCAGUCCCUCACAUCGCCAAAUGACACCCAGCAAUGAUGCCUAUAAUGAAGAGGGUCAGACAAAUGAGGGAUCACAAUUGGCCCUAGAAAUUACAGAAUUAAAGACAUUUUAUCAAAAUAAAAUUCAUGAAAUUCAACGUUCCCAAGAGGAAAACAUCAAAAAGCUGAGUGACAGAUUGAAAUAUUAUGAGACACGCUAUCCCGAGGAUGAAUUUAUGCAGUCAUCCUCUAAAAACUCCACCUUCAAUACAACGCGAGAUAGUUCAACCAAUACGGAGGAUGUAACACAGCAAACCGUACGUAAUAUAAGCCAAAGCCAUGAUACAUGUCCUCCUGAGGCCUCCAGUUCUGCCUCCUGCUUAAAGGAUUUGGUCUCAGAACAGUCAGAGUCAUCUAAACCAGACGCUGCUAUAACCGACAUUACCAAUACCAUAACAUCGCCAUUAGCACAAACUAACAAUGAUAGUAACAGCAACAACCAUAACACCUCAUUAAUAAUCAUCGAUACGGAUGAAUUAAAUUCGAAUAAUGAAACACAAAUCAUACAAAAGAUCAUUGAAGAAUACGAGCGCCGCUUGCAGGAGCAAUUGGCAUUGGCCCGUGAGGACAUAGUUCAUGAAUUGGAACAGCAGAUACAGACUUUAUUAUCGGAAUCAACAGCAGAUGAUCAACAUUGGCCCAAAGAACUGAUUUUAUUGCGAGAAAAAUUUACAGCUAAAAGCCAACUGGAGAUUGCCCAAUUGCAAAUUAAACAUGCUGAUGAGAUGUCGCGCCUAAAACAAGACUAUGAAAAACAACUCAAUCGCAAGAACAAACGCAACUCAACGUUUGAUUCUUUGCGCGAAUACGAUAAGCUCCUGGGCGAAAGGGAUAAUUUACGUGAGCUGUCCAAUGCCUUCCGGCAAGUGUUGGCAGAAUUGUUGAAAUGUGUGGCCAACUGUGAAAAUGAUUUAAACGAUGCCCUAGUGGAGGAAGUACAACGCCUGCUCUCUUGCAAUCGCACUUUGGAGGAACAUGCCUCGGAAGAUUUCAAUCUAAGCACUACAUUGCUAAAUGAAACAUUGAAUACAACACGUAUGCGUCUUAUGCCAGAUGUGCAUACUCUAAUGGAAGUUGUGGAAGAUCCCUGUUUGGUGCAGUACAUCACCCAAAAGAAUAAUGACAACUCCGAGGAUUUUGAUUUGAAAGACUGUCUAGAGUGUUUACGCUCAGAGGCUUCAUACUUGUUGCAUCUUUCAGAGGAUUUGGUUAAGAAGCACAAUGAAAGCAAUGAACGCAAAGAUUCCUAUUCCAGUGAGAGGGAGAAGAAUGACAGUGAACAGGAAGAUGGUCUGAAAUUGCAGCAGAAUCGUAAAUUCAUACGUGUCAAUUCCCUUAAUGAGCAACAAUUGCCCACACAUCGUUCUUCAUUGAUACAACAGCAGGCACAAAAUCUCACCUCUCUGCCUCCGGAUCUUAAUCGUUUGUAUCAGGACAAUUGGUCUUCGACCACAGCUGGUGGUGUAAAUGCCGUGGAAUUACAUUUCCAAUUGACAGAGUUGAAAAAUCGUCUCAUCAAAUCGGAAAAUGAUCGUUUGCAUCUGCAACAGGAAUUGGAUCUUACCAUAUCACGCAAUUCCGAUUUGGGUCAGGAGUUGCAACAUCUAAGAGAUCAACUGUCACAGCUCUCUUCACUGAACAAUGUGGAAUACAAUGAGGGCUAUGGUUUGGGAACCACUAUAAAAUCGCCACCACGUCUCUCUGGAUCGGAUAACUCAUCGACAGGUUUUGCUCAACUGCAGGAGAAGGCCAGAAAUAUUUUAUCCACACCCACUCAGAAACAACAGAAUAAUGAUUCCACAGUGCAGCUGCUGCAAAUGAUAGAAGAUUUUUGCCGUGAGGGUGAUAAGGUGGUGGAGUGCAGCAAAAAGGAUCGUGAAGAUUUGCAAUCGCAGAUUGAUACCGCCGACAAACAAUUAAAAGCCACCCGGCAAUUUCUGGAAGAGCAAGCCAUCGAACGGGAACAGGAACGUGAUGAGUUCUUGAAGGAGAUUGACAAUCUCAAAGCUCAAUUGCGUGACAAGGAAAAGGAGCGUUCAUCGUAUGCUAAUGCCUCUGAGGAGGUGGAGCAUUUGGAAUCUCAAAUACGUGAAUUGACUCAAAAUCUGCAAGAAUCCAAUGGCAAACGUGAUAAAUUUGAGGUUGAAUUGAAGGCUUCCAUUGACAAGAUCUUUGUAUUGCGUGAAAUUAUUUCGGAUUUGGAAACCCAGGUGGAGACCAAGGCCCUCAAUGAACAUGUUAUGGGAGAGAAAGUUAAGCAAUUGGAGGAAUAUCUCAAUUCCCAAUCGCACUCGAAUGAAGCCCUUCAAAUGGAGGUACAAUCGCUAAAAGGCGAAAUAGAACAUGGCUAUCAGACGCGCAUCAAUCAAUUGGAAGAAAAGUUGCAAAACAUUAGACCUCCUGCUGAACAAAGUCUCAUCAUGGAUCAAGUGGUGGAACAAUUGCGUGACAUAGAAAGCACUCUGGAACAGAAGACCAAAAUGUUGGAAUCCCUUCAUCAAUCCAAUUCCAGUAGUGUAGGUAGCCUUAGCUGCCCUGAGGAUGUAUCCGCACGUGGUGUAGGUCCCACUUCGCUGCCAAUUAAUGUGGAAACACCACCCCAAGGUUCACCAGUACAUCCCUCCCCACGUCAACACUCGUGGACGAUGGAGGGUGUACAACGAGUGGUGGAUAAAUUAUCCAAACACUCACGUGUUGAAGAGGCUGCCGUGAAACGCAUACGCGAUUUAGAAAUGCAAGUAAAUCAAAUGCGGACAGCAUGUGUGGAACUUCAGUAUGAGCGUGAAUCGCUGCAGGAGCGUAUGUCCGAGCAGACUCAACGCAUAUCAGCCUUGCAGUCUCGUCUCGAGGAGCAACGUCAAAGGGCCGAAGAAUUGCAGCGGGCCAAUACUUCCGAUUUGAAUAUACGCAUCCAUGAUCUGCAAAAUGAGUUGCAAACAGUGCGGGAGACUCUCUCCAAUCGGGAUAAACAAAUUGCCACCAUGAAGCAGCAAUUAGAGAAAAGUAAAACGGCCAUCGAUCGUUUGGAGGCUGAAUUGGCGGUGGAACAUCAACCGGAUCGCAGUGCCAUAGAACGUUUGGAAUCAGAGUUAAAGCUAAAACAGGUGGAGAAUCAAAAACUGAAGGAUAAAAUCAAAAAUGAAAUGAUCAACAAGCUGGCUUUGCCUGAUCUCAUGGAGACCAUGUUGGCCGAUAAAAAUGAAGAAAUUGACCAUCUUAAGGAGCAGUUAGAGUGCAAGGAGAAGGAAUUGCAAACUGCAUUUGUGAAUAUAACCCAUAGUUCCUCCUUGACCAUGGAUAAGAAACCCGAAGACUUGGGAAAACUUAGUGCCAGAACCCUGAGUGACAUAGUGUCCAUAUCGGAAUUCGAUGAGCCCGAUGUGGUGCGCAGAGCGGUGACUGCUAACACUAGUUCGCCUUUGCUCUUACCAGCCGGUAGUGGAGGAUUUCUGCAAAACACCAUGGACACCUCCAAGGGGGCCGUAGCCAACCUCACCCAUAAGCGUACCGAGGAUCUAACAGGCUUUGCCACCACCCUGCACCAGGCAAAUACCUUCGAUAAUCCCUAUUACUUCCAGGAUCCCAACCUGUUGUUGGGCUCUGCUCAAUCAGGCGCCACAGCCACACCUACUCUAGUGCCAAGGCAAAUUAAUUUCUCCGAAUUCACCGAUGAUUCUAAACUCAAGACCCCGGGGCAAUUCCAAACACCAGAACAAAAGCCUGAGGCCGAUAAGUUGACGCGAGAGGCUUUAGAGAAAAAGGUGGACGAAUUGCAGAAGAUUGCUGACUCCUUGCAAAAGGAGAAGAAUCAAAAUUCUGAUGAUUUAAUAUCCUCGCAACUAAGGCUAAAUGGCUUGCAAGAUGAGCUGCAAAGAUGCCAGAAGGAAUUGGAGGAGUUCAAGCUCAAUGCCGAGAAAAUUAAACAGCUAGAGGCACAGCUGACAGAUAAAUCCUUAGAAAUUGAACAGCUGUUAAGGGACCAAGACAAGUGGCAAAAGGAGAAAUCAGAAUUGCUUAGCAAAAAUGAGAAAAAUUUCAAGAAUCUCCAGGAAAGCGAGGAGAACUAUAAACACAGAAUCCAAGAACUGGAGGAAAACAUGCUGAAAAACACCGAAAAGGAGUUUAAAGAAAAGGAGAGCCUUCGCAAAGAAUUGAGGGCCAUUAGUGAGGUCCAUGAGCAGUGCAAGUUCACUGCCAAGGAUAAUGAAAAUCGUAAAAAAGAAAUUGAAAAUUUAAAUCAAGAAAUCAAAGCCAAAGACGAGCGUCUGCUCUCGCUCUCCACCAAACUGUCCAUAGCCGAAGAGAAAGUAUCCGAUUUGCAGAGACAAAUUGUCAACCUUGAGCGUGAGGUAGAGAAAUGGAAGCAACAAAGCAGUGACAAUAGUUCGAGGCAGUUUUCCGUGGACGAAAUUGCUCAGCAGGUGGAAAAGGAAUUGAACUAUUCGGCCCAACUGGAUUCGAAUAUUCUCAAGGCCAUAGAAAGUGAGGAGGAAAAUAAUUUGGAUCGCUCGCAUAUAGACAAAAAGGUGGGCAUUGAUGCUCCUGGAACCACGGAUGAUGAAAACUUUAUAGGGGAACGAGAUCUUCUCAACCAAUUGGAAGCUUUGAGGGCCCAAAUAGCUGUGGAAAGGGAACAUGCUGAGGAGUUGCGCAAAGAGCUGCUCGAUGAGAAACAGCACUCCCAGGAGGUACAAGAACAGGAUGUGGUCAUCAUAGAGGCCAUGCGUAAACGCCUUGAAUCCGCUUUGGCCCAAGAGGAUGAAUUACACAAGCAUUUGGAUAUAGAGCGAGAAAAAUGUGAGCGUUUGCAGACUCAGUUGACCACUUUGCAGCGCACAGAAAGUCGACGCAAUUCUUCGCUUUUGAAGUCCCCCACUGAAUCACCCCGCAAGUCUCCACGUUCACUGACAGAUUUUGAGUCAGAACUAGCAGAUCGUUUGAGAAGUGAAAUCAAAUUGCUGACUGCUCAAAAUGAGAGAGAACGAGAGCGCUCUGCUGAUUUGCAAAGAAACAGCGAGAGAGAACGUUCACGCUACGAAAAGGAAUUAUCGGAGAGAAUCGAAUACUGCGACAAACUCAAAAGGGAAAUGGAAAAGGUGGCCCGUGACAAAGAUAAUGCUGAACAAGAAAUCGAUCACUUGCAGGAGAGACUUGUUCUCCAGACUCAAGAGAUCGAAAGUCUGGAGGCACGCAUAGGCAGUUUACAGGCUGCAGAAACUAGACGUUUUACUCGCAAAGAUCAACAUCAAAAGGAGAAUGCUCAACUAAUGGCAGAAAUGCAGGAGCUUAAGAACCAGCUGCAGGUCUUGGAAGCCGAAAGGGAUUCUCUGAACAAGACCAUAACACAGCUGCGCUAUGACAUAGAACGCUCGGCGCAGCGUGAAAGCAAGCUGGCAGAGGCCUUGGCCAAUGCCAAUGCCCAAUUGGCUGCCCGUGAGGGUACAACUUCAGUGCCAGAACAAUUUCUGCAGAAAAUGAAGGAAAUCAAUACUCUGUUGGCAGAGAAUACCCAAGAAAAUAAACAAAUGGCCGAGACGGUUCAAUAUUUGGUAGAGGAACGCCGUCAAUUGCAGCGUAAAUGUGAAGAAUUGGAGGCACAAUUGAAUGGUAGUGCCAAUGUUGCAGAACUGGAGGAACGUUGCAACCAUUUGCUGGGACGCUAUUUGAGAGUGGAAUCACAUCGCAAGGCUUUGGUCUAUCAGAAGCGUUAUUUGAAGGUUUCCCUGCAAAACUAUCAGGACAGUGAGCAGCGUGCCCUGGCCGCUUUCAAUGGGGGUCACUUGCUACAACAACCCAAACCCAAGAAGAAAUUGUUUAAGACUGUGGCAUUGGCCAUUAUUGCCAUACAACGCAUGAAGUAUAUUGGACGCAUUUGGCACACGGGAAAGCGGAUUGUUUCAAAAUCGGUUUUUACCAUAACACAACAAAAACGUUCUCAGGCGCCAACGAUAAGUAGCCCCAUAAUAACAUCAUCCUCUCAACAGGCUGGAGAAAACAUGACAAAUGGCCGUCUAUCGCCACACAUCUACAAUCCAAUGAGAAGCCUCGAAAGACCUGUGGCUCCUUUGAAAACACCAACUUUGUUAAAUGGUGGCAAUAAAACACCUUUAUCGGCAGCAUCUACAGCAUCUGGUGGCGGCGGUGGAGGCACAACAGCAUUCGAAUGGCCAAAAGUGGCAAACAAGGCAAAGAAAAUUUAGAUUUAAGUGCAACCAUAGCAAAAAAACAAAAAGAAGAACAAAAAAAUACCUUACAAAAUAAAAUGCUCAACAACGAACCCCAUAUGAAGCCAUGUUUAUUGUAUGUAUAUACAUAUUUUUUACCCAGAAGCUAAGUGUAGUGUUAAAUAUUUUGUUAAGUUUUAGUGAGUAAAAUAAUUCUCCCCUCCCAUCCUCAAACAUAUUAAAAUGUAUUUUUAUUUUGAAAUUUUGUUAUUCUUCUUUUUUUAAGUUUCGUGUAAUAUCUAAGCCCAGUAUUCUAUUGUUGCUUGUAAGGUACCCUCUGCAGUAGUCCUAAGUUUCUAAAAAAUGUUUUCUUCUGUAAAACCCUUUACCUAUUGUAGCCAUAAAAAAAAUACUUUUUAAGUUAUUCUUUAAUAUAAUAGUGACUGCCCUACCUGCCCCUCAAAAAUGUUUUUGUGAAAUUUUUAUUUUUAAUGCCUAAGUUUUAAUUCUAAAUUAUUUGUGUCUUGAGUUUAAUUUUUCGUGUUUAUGUUUAUAAUUUAUUUGAGGGGGCCUCUCAUGAAGCCCCCUUACCUUAUGUGAAAUUUUUUUUGAUAAUAAAAUUAUAUGACAAGAUA